AUGUUGGCUAUGUUUAUCACUGGAGCUGGAGCUGCCCUGCAUGGUGACAACAUGCAGUCUGUGAGCGAACAACGACGAAGACGCCAUGCUUUCCCCCACAAAUCCAUCACCAGAAUAGAGUUAGUCACGUGCCAAAGUAUAUCAAAAUUGUUGAAGACGAAAAGAAGGGAAAAGAAGAUAAACAAGCAGAGGAAGAAGCAGAAGAUUAAGAAGAAAAAGAAGAAGAAAGACAGGAUGGGAGGAAACUAUGGACCAGCGAUGCCGCCGAAGAGGAAGCUCGACAGUGAAAGCGAAGAAGACGGAGAUAUCGGGCCAGCCAGACCAGACACGCCGCCGAAGAAGCCCAGAGUGAUGGGCCCAGUGAUGCCCCCGAGCUUUCGGCCAGAGAGUGAUAAAGACGAAGAGGAAGACAGUCACGAUGACGAGGACGACAGUGAUGAUGAUUAUGGGCCCUCGCUGCCUCCCCCCGCCUCCUCCAGCUCCGCCGUGCAGCAGCACGAGACCCCCACAGAGCCGAUUCCAAGCAGAGCAGACUCCAAGCCAGAGGUAAUCCAACGAGACGACUGGAUGCUGAAGCCGCCCGAUCAACUCGGCCUUUCAGCGCGUAUGGACCCUACAAAGCUGAAGAACCGAAAAUUCAACACCGGAAACCCCGCUCGACCGGCGGCUUCAAAGGCGGGUGGCCCAUCAAAUACUUGGACCGAGACUGUGGAGGAGAAGAGGAAGCGUCUGCAGAAUGAAGUCAUGGGCAUUCAGGCGCCGGCUGCUGCAUCGACUGCAUCUGAGCCGGAUGCUGGGAAGGCAUUGGCGGCGGAAAGAGCGGAAAAGAUGUCCAAGCAUGUCCGCGAAUAUAACGAAAAGAAUAGGAACAAGUCAUUGUAUUCUCAGCACAAGGCCAGCACCGAAGAGCAGGAAAAGGACGACCCCAGUGCCCGAGCGUUCGACAAGGAGAAGGAUAUCAGGGCUCCGUCCAAGAUCAGCCAUUCUCAGCGUCGGGAGAUGCUCAACAAAGCUGCCGACUUCAACUCACGCUUCUCCGGAGGAAGCUUUCUAUAG